UGAAGGAGUAACUCAAGAGGUGUGGAGUGACUGCAUCGCUUAUUGGAGCACAGACAAACAAAAGGUACAUUUUUUAAAAUUUCAAAUUUUGGUAAUAUUUAAUUUAUAUAGUCAAUAAUAAAUAAUUAAUUGUUAGAAAAAUUAUUAAUUUCAGGCGAGAGCAGCGAAAAAUAAAGAAAGUCGGGGUAAGAUGAAAUUUCUAGGAGGCUGGGGCUCCAAGCCCAUUGUUUCACAUGUUGUCGAAGGGGCUAACCCCGACACAGGAGAACUGCCAACUGCGGUGGAAACUUUUCAAAAGUUUCACCAUAAAGGCAACGAUUGGCGCAACGAGUUCGCGCAACAAGCUUACGAGCAAAUGGUUGAAAUAGCGGCAACUCAACCAGCGCCCACUGAAGAUGAGCCCGAAGAGCCUGCUGUCGAUCCUACACAGUACCCCCGAGACUUACCUGUUAUGACGCAAGUACUCGGGGAACGAUCUCGGCAUCUUAGAGGCUUUGGCCAUCUCCCCAGACUGAAGGGAGUUGGGGCCAAAAGAGCACCUGCCACGCAUCCUUCAGCCCAACCGACUGUUACAAUGGAACAGUACGAGGCUUUACAGAAAAAAGUGGAGGAAGCGGAGCAGACAACUCAACAUACGAGGCAGCAGUAUGAGACACAACAACUCUACCUCAGACGAUUCCAAGAUCAGUUUGAGUAUCUUUCUCGAGCUGUGCCGGGUUUCAACUUGCCUCCCAUGGAUCUUCCACCAUUGCCCACUCCUGGUGCUGGAUCAUCGGCUGCUGCUGGUGCUGGAUCGUCAUCGCAGCCUCCCGAGACUCAGAGAAACAACGAUGACGACAUUACCCGCCUAUAGAACUGUACUUUUUUUAUUAUCCAGUUCGAACAUUUAACAUUUUGUUUAUAUACUGAUUUUAGUAGUAAUUAAUGUUGGUUUAUCUUUUAAUGUAAAUUAUGUUGGUUUAUUUUGUUAAUAUAAUAUUAUAAUUAUUUAAAAAAAUUUAAUUAAUUAUAUUUAAUUAAUUAAUAUUAUAAUUAAUUAAAUUUUUUUAAAAAUAAAAUUUAAUACUUUUGCCGGCGCAAUAGUGCGCCGGUAAAAAGUGGCAAAAACAAUUGGCGCCAACAGUCAGAUUGGC